AUGGAGCUAUACAUCCUGAAUAGAGGAACAGAACCUACCUUCCUGGACUCUAGAAGACAGGAAGUGAUAGAUAUAACCAUACGCUCUGGCGGAAUAUUGGAUCUGUUGAGGGGAUGGAGGGUCUCUGAUGAGCCCUCAGAAUCAGACCACAGGCAGGUCCGUUUCACCAUGGAGCAAGUACAGAGCCAAGGGUUAUGGAUGAGAAAUCCUAGAAAAACAAAUUGGAGAGGGUACGAGGAAGACCUUAAGAGUCGACUCAAGGAAGCACCCACUAGAUUCUACACCAAAGAAAAAUUGGAAACAGCGGCAGACUACUUGAAUGAUGCCAUUAAAUACUUAUACGAGAUGAACUGCCCAUUAGAGUCAAAGAAUCCUUCAGCCAAAGCACCAUGGUGGAGCAAAGAGCUGGCUAAGCUAAGGGCUGAGGGGAGAAGACUCUUUAAUAGGGCUAGAAAUGUAAAUACACCGAGAUCCUGGGAGGAGUACAGGAAAUCUCAGAGAAUUUACAAAAAGGCCAUAGUAAAAGCUAAAAGGAAAGGAUGGAGAAGUUUUUGCUCAAGUAUAGAGAGUGCUCCUGAAGCAUCUAGACUGAGUAGAAUACUCUGCAAGGAAAACCAAACACAAUGGGGCUGCCUUAAGCUUCCCAAUGGAGAGUACACAGAAACUGCGGAGGAGAUCCUACGGCACCUUAUGGAAAUCUAUUUCCCAGGCUUUAGGGAGGACUUAGCAGACAACAACAACAGGCAGAGACCCAUGACCGUGCACAAAUCAAGGGCAUGGGGACUGGCAGCUAAAGUGGUCUAUCCACAAGCAGUGGAAUGGGCGGUCGGUUCCUUUGAGCCUUUAAAGGCUCCAGGACCUGAUGGAAUAUACCCGAUCCUGCUGCAGAAAGGGCUGAGCAGCUUGUUAGGCCCAAUGACAAAAAUCUACAGGGCAAAGAGACUGGUAGACAGAUUUCUCAAGUCCAACUCUCUAAUACAACAACCACUAGUCGACUCUCAGUACGCUUACAGGGAGGGCAGGUCUACCGAAACCGCCCUACAUCACCUGAUAGGCAAAGUUGAGAGUCAGCUGAAGGCAAAGGGCUAUGCGAUCGGAAUUUCUGGACAUCGAGGGCGCUUUGAUAGCACUUCACACGAGGUGGUAGGGGAGGCACUGAUCAGACAUGGAGUACAAGAACCACUGGUGGACUGGAUAGAAGACAUGCUAGUGGACAGAUGCUUGACGGUGGAGUGCCAAGAUAUUUCCAUCAGAGGAAAACCAACGAGAGGCUGCCCACAGGGGGGGAGUUUGAUCUCCUCUGUUGUGGUGCCUAGUGAUAGACGACCUGCUAAAGGAGCUACAGAGGAAAGGUUUCUCGACCUUUGGCUAUGCUGA